AUGCCAGCCGCCGUUCCCGAGCUUACUGCCGAGGAGGAAGAGGAAGAUGAUUUGGAGGAAACGGAGGUUUUUGUGGUGAGGCCGGUUGUGGUGGUCGUUGGUACAGACGUGGAGGUCCGUGCAAUCAGCACUGUAAUAUCCAGUGCCACCUUUGUUCUGGCAGAUGCCAUUGCUCAUGCAUGUGGAGCCUCUUACACAGCAGGUCACAUUAUGGCCGACUGUAUCGGUAUCGGCGCAUGGCAGAUCAUCGUUAUUGAUAUUAAUUGCCCCUAA